UUCCGGUCUCUACCCGCCAUUCACCUCCUUGCUGUCCAACAGGAUGGAGGCGCCUUGUCUUCUGCAGCACGUGUACUAAUAAAGUCCAAUACCGCACUUUUCUCAGCUUUUAUUCUUUUUUCCACAGCCAUUGGAGGAGGUCAUCGUUUGAAGCACUAGAAGCCUCACUCCAGCUUUCCAUGUGAUUGCACAACCCCCCCCCCCCCCAGGAAUGGAGUCGAUGCCCGGACGAGAAUCCCGCAGCUCCUCCCCGAGUCCCAAGCAGGACGCACACCCCAACCCGCUGAAACCCAACCAGGUGAGCGAGACGUCCCUGUACGGAGUGCCCAUAGUCUCCCUGGUGAUCGACGGCAGGGAGCGGCUGUGCCUGGCCCAGAUCUCCAACACCCUGCUGAAGAACUACAGCUACAACGAGAUCCACAACCGGCGGGUGGCGCUGGGCAUCACCUGCGUGCAGUGCACCCCCGUCCAGCUGGAGCUGCUGCGGCGCGCCGGCGCCAUGCCCAUCUCGUCCCGGCGCUGCGGGAUGAUCACCAAGCGGGAGGCCGAGCGCCUGUGCAAGUCCUUCCUGGGCGCGCACAGCCCGCCCAAGCUCCCGGAGAACUUCGCCUUCGACGUCUCCCACGAGUGUGCGUGGGGCUGCCGUGGCAGCUUCAUCCCGGCGCGCUACAACUCCUCCCGCGCCAAGUGCAUCAAGUGCGGCUUCUGCAGCAUGUACUUCUCCCCCAACAAGUUCAUCUUCCACUCGCACCGCACGCCGGAGUCCAAGUACAUGCAGCCGGACGCCGCCAACUUCAACUCGUGGAGGCGCCACCUGAAACUGACGGAGAAGAAACCCUCGGAUGACAUCAACCACGCGUGGGAGGACGUCAAAGCCAUGUUUAACGGCGGCAGCAGGAAGAGGACACUUCCGGUGCAGGGGGGGUCCGUCAAGCCCCAGGCGUCGUCCGCCCUGGGCCGCGCCGCGUCGCCGCCGGACGCGGCGCACAAACGCCUGCGCUGCGGGGACGACGAGCCGGGAGCGACGGCGGCGACGCACCCGAGUGGCGCGCGCAGCUACCCGCUCAUUCCCGUGCCGAGUAAAAACUUUAGCAUGCUGCAAAAAAUCCCCCCGCCUUUGUUCCCGCACCCGCCCUACGGCUUCGCGGGCUACGGCUUGUGUCCCAAAAAGAGCGACUGCGUGCCGGACGUCAGCAAAGCCAGCGUGCCUGGUGUGUUUUGGCCCGCCGGCAAGGACGCUAUCUACCCGGCCUUCCCCGUCUUCUGGCCCGCGGCGGGCGGCCUUCCGAUGCCGCCUUACCCCAAACCCCCGGAGGUCCCAGGCCCGGAUUUGUCACUGCCAGACCCCAGCGAGCGGGGGUCAAACACCACCAACAAAGACGCGGGGUCCAGCAACAGGAACGACGAGGACAAGUCCGUCGACGACACCCCGCACCGGAAGAUCGGUUACAUCUCCGCCUUCCGGCCGGUCGUCAAGGACGCGGAGACCAUCGCCAAGCUCUACGGGAGCCGGGACGGCUACGGUUACCUCUCCCCGGACUUCAUCAGCGAGACCUCCAGCUACAGGUCCGUGUCCCCGGACAGGGACACGGUGGAAGAGGACGACGAUGACGACGACGACCCGGACGUGGACGUGGAGUCCAAUCGGGGAGAAGAGGACGAGGAGCAGAUCCGUGGAACACCCGAGGAGCAGCUGGCGCCUUGCAGCCCCGCAGCAUCAGCAUCACCGCGGGACUCGCACAGCGCAUCGUCCGAGGAGGGGGAUGGAUCUCCGCUUCAUCAGGUGUUUGUGCAUGAAAAGGUGAUUGAGACGUUUGAGUCAUCGAGCUGCAGUCCCUGCAGAUCAGAAGGUGUGCAGCACCUGCCUGAACCGCAACGCAACAUCACAUAUCAGCAGCAAAAGGACAAACCAGCCAACGGAGCUUUACGCAUCGACAUAAGCGUGCAUGAACGAGAUCUGGAGAGGAUGGCAAAAGAGGAGUUGCAGAAGCAACUUGUGGAGCAGAUGGAGCUGCGGAAAAAGCUGGAGCGAGAGUUUCAACAUUUAAAAGAUAAUUUUCAGGAUCAAAUGAAGCGUGAGCUGUCCUACAGAGAAGAAAUGGUCCAGCAGCUGCAGUUUGUUCGAGAAGCUCACGACGCCCUUCACCAUUUCUCCUGCAAGAUGUUGACCCCUCGCCAGUGUAGUGGAGCCUGCACCACCUUUAAACCCCCGCUGCUGCCUCCUUAAAGUGCAACACACACACACACACACACACACACACACACACACACACACACACACACACGCACACACACACACACAUGCACACACACACUUUCACCAGGAGUGUCCAAACUUUUUGUUGGCCGCAUAUUGAAAAAUGACCGGAUAAUCCAUUUUGUACAUUAACGAUGCUGAAACCAAUCUACUGUAGGCCAAUAUUUGUAAAACUAUCUGAACUUACUUUGUCUUUUAGGUGGCACUUCAUACAUCUCGUUAAUAAUGAAGUCAUUCCAGUUUUCAGGAUGUGGGCCAAUAAAAGAAAAUGGACCCUGUUCUGAGUAGCUUUAAUGGCGCCCAAACAGCAACACGUGCAGCUCGCCACAAUAUGAAUAAUUUUUCCCCCUCAACCUUCAGGCGCCCUGUAACAACACAUUGGUGCAUUAUGUAAUAAUGUCAUGCAUUUUCACCUCACUGUGUACAUAAUAACGCUGCAUUUGGGAUUAAUCUAGCGCAGUGUUUUUCAACCUUUUUUGAGCCAAGGCACAUUUUUUGCGUUGAAAAAAUCCGGAGGCACACCAACAGCAGAAAUCAUCAUAUUUUAGUGGCUUUUUCUCUUGUUUUGGUAUUUUCCUGUCGCAGUUUCAUGUCUUCCUUUGAGCGAUAUUUCCCGCGUCUACUUUGUUUUCGCAAUCAAGGAUAUUUCACUUGUUUUUAUCCUUCUUUGUGGGGACAAUGUUGAUUGUCAUGUCAUGUUCGGAUGUACUUUGUGGACGUCGUCUUUGCUCCACAGUAAGUCUUUGCUGUCGUCCAGCAUUCUGUUUUUGUUUACUUGGUAGCCAGUUCAGUCUUAGUUUCGUUCUGCUUAGCCUUCCCUAAACUUCAAUGCC